ACAUAAAAGUAGCAGGCUUUGCACCGGAAAAAAUGAGUUUUUCAUUCGAAUCAAAAUUCUGCAGUGAAAUAGAAGCAAAUUUAUUUCUCCGUCAAAAUUUUAAAAAUUUUAUUGAUAAAAAAGUUGAAGAAAAACUAUAAAACGAAAGAAAAUGAGCUUCAGCAAUCGGGAAACGAUCUCUGUGCAUAUUGGCCAAGCCGGCAUUCAGCUGGGAAAUGCCGCUUGGGAGCUGUACCUCUUGGAGCACCGAAUUGGAAAAGACGGGCAACUCCAGGAAGCGGUUGAGCCGAAUAACGACGAUGCGAACAGCUUUUGCGGAACGUUUUUUCAGCGUACCGUUACGGAUCGGUACGUUCCACGGGCCGUCCUAGUGGAUACCGAACCGAGCGUGGUAGACCAGGUUCGUAAUGGUGAAUAUAGACAACUGUUCCAUCCGGAUAACAUGAUAAGUGGGAAGGAGGAUGCGGCCAACAAUUAUGCAAGAGGUCAUUUUCAUAUUGGCAAAGAGCUGUUAGACGAAACAAUGGAAGUCAUUCGACGCAUGGCAGAAGAGUCCAACAGUCUACAAGGGUUGUUCCUGUUCCAUUCGUUCGGGGGAGGAACUGGGUCUGGUUUCACCUCCCUUCUGGCACGAAAGCUGGCAGAUAAUUUUUCUAAAAAGUCCAAACUCGAGGUUGCAAUCUAUCCAUCACCGCAUAUUUGCACUAGCGUGGUCGAGCCGUACAACUCAAUUUUAACGACUCAUCAUUCGAUGGAUUUUACUGAUUGUACUUUCCUAGUAGACAACCAGGCCAUUUACGAUAUUUGCCAAAAUAAAUUAAAUGUCGAGCGGCCAACGUACAGUAACUUGAACCGUUUAAUCAGCCAAGUUGUCUCCAGUAUAACCGCUUCAUUACGUUUUGGGGGUGCACUGAAUGUCGAUAUGAACGAAUUUCAAACUAAUUUAGUACCCUACCCUCGGAUUCAUUUUCCAUUGGCUGCCUUCUCUCCUUUGGUGCCGGUUGAGAAAGCCAAUCAUGCCACAAUGACCGUUUCGGAUCUGACGUCGCAGUUGUUCGAACCAGACACACAGAUGGUCAAGUGCAAUUUAAAACAAGGUAAAUAUAUUGCUUGCUGUUUGCUGUACCGCGGUGAUGUGGUACCAAAGGAUGUAAAUACGGCUAUUGCAACCAUUAAGUACCGACGGGCGAUUCGGUUCGUCGAUUGGUGUCCAACUGGGUUUAAGGUUGGAAUAAAUCAGAAGUGUCCUAUUAUGAUUCCCGGUGGCGAUUUAGCACCCAUUCACCGAGGAGUUUCGAUGUUGGCUUCCAAUACAGCCAUUGCCGAAGCGUGGCAGAAGCUUAACUACAAGUUCGACCUGAUGUUCAAGAAGCGAGCAUUCGUGCACUGGUUCAUAGGUGAAGGCAUGGAAGAGACCACUUUUAUAGAGGCGCGUGAGGACUUGGCAACCCUCGAGAUGGACUACGAGGAGGUGGCUAAAGAUUACGAUGAUGACGCUGCACCCCAGCAGGUUGAUCCGAACGAAGAAUUUUAAACAGACGCAACUAGGGCAUUGAUAUUAACCCAAACAUCUUACCAGCAAAUCGAGUGAGUAAACCGUUUUAUCGUUCACUACUAUAGAAUAUCGUUUAAAUAAGUUUAUUUUUGCUCUUGAAACUACUGUAUAGUAUGCUCUCGAUCAGAUAAUAAUUGUAAUAAUAAAACAAUCUUAAUUUAUA